AUGUCUGAUCAAAGUGAUAGCCAGAACAAGUCUGAGGAGCAAGUUAACAUGAGUGAGGGCACUAGUCCCUCUCGCAGCUAUGAUGAGGGUAGCAGAAGCACCCCAAGCAACUUUCCCAAGGCAGCAACAAGGACAAGGAGAAAGAGAAACUCCGACUAUCUGGACGAAGAUUAUGUUGCUGCUGAGGAAGAAGUCAACUCAAAGAAGAAAGUUGUCAAGAAGGAAUUUGGCACAACAGCUUCAACUAAGCCUAGUCUGAACAAGAAGGCUCCUGCCAAGAGAGUGCCAAUGUCUAAGGCCAGAGCCUCAACUCUUGAAGCCUCCAAGUCAACUGUUGAAGAGGCUGCUGGUGAGGGCAAGAAGAGAAAGGAAAGGGUCAAGAAGACCAUGGCCAAAGUAAUUUGCAGAUCCUCUAUGAUGAGAGACCCAGCUGAGGAUGAGGAAGAAGAUGAAGAGCAGGAUGUUGCACCAAGACCUAAAGCACAAAAGCUGAUGGGGGAUGCCAUCAAGUCUGGGGCUGCUCCUUCAAAGCCUAAGACUGCCUCCAAAUCUACUGCUCAAGCCUCCAAGUCUGCACCAAAGAGAAGCACCAGAAACAUACCAGCUGCUAAGAAGAACAAGGCUCCAGUGCCUGAAGUGGAAGAAGAAGAGGAAGCCCAAGAUCCCAGAUCAUGA